GUCCGUAGCACAGCCAGCACAGUCUUUAACGUAAACAGUUCAAAUAGUGAAGCGUCCUCGCCGCUCUACAAUCUCCACGUCAGCAAAACAGAAUUUUUCAAAAGAAAUUUUUCAACGAUUGUCGCCGGCUAAUCUGAGAUUUUGUGACAUGGACAAGGAUUUACGUUUGCUGGCCGGUGUUAGUAAAUACUUCACCGAAGAAACGUUGCAAAAUGCAAUACAAAAAUUGACCGGACGUAACAACGUCACUAUCACAGGUUGGACUUUCAAACCUCCUCCUACCAAAGGCAACAGCUAUUUGGCACAAGUAGACAGGAUUACAGUAUUCGCUAAUGUAGACGGCAGAGAUAUUGAGAAAAAACUGGUCGUUAAAUCACUGCCGAAAAACGUUGGAAAAAGAAAAGCUUCCAGAAGCAUUGAAUUUUUCCACUAUGAAAUAAAUUUCUACAAAGAGGUGGUACCAGCUUUUAAAGAAUUUUUGGAAUCGAAAGGCCAAAACAAUUUGUUAUGCGUGCCGCAUUUUUUGGAUUCAUUAGCUGAUGCCGGACAUGAAUAUCUUAUUAUGGAGGAUGUUACGGUUCAUGGAUUUCGACCCAUCAGCCGUCAGAGUUCUCUGAACAUGAUAGAUAUGAACGUCCUCUUAAAAGCCAUGGCUAAAUUCCAUGCGAUUUCAUUCGCCUACAAAGACCAGUUGAAAGAUCAAUUUGAAGACUUAGUCAACAAAUUGAAAGAUACUUAUUUCAGAAAAUACUGUAAUUGGUACCAAAACCUACGGGUGAUGCCAAAUGGUUUAAUACAUGGCUUUUGUACUCAAAAUGAGAGACAAUUUGAUUACUGGGAUUGGAUUUAUCCAUCGAUAUGCAAGUCGAGGGAUGCUUUGCAAUUAAGAUUAAUGGACUCUGCGAAAAAGGCCUUAACGAAGGAAUACCCGGGUCAUCCGGCAGAAGAGAAAUUUAACUCUUACAAGUCGCCUAAUGAACUUUGGAAUCGAAGUGCAAAUAACUGUAGUAAAUGGCACGGCUCAACUUCAGUAAUAAGCCACGGUGAAUCCUGGGCACCGAAUUUCCUCGUGAAGGCAGCUCUCGAGGAUUCUGACGAAUCCGAGGCAAUCUUGUUGGACUUCCAGUUCGCCAGAUCUUCCAACCCUGUUCUCGACCUGUCGUUUUUGAUUUACGCUUGCAGCGACAAACAACUUUUAGACGAUCAUUACGACGAGAUACUCGAGACUUAUCAUUCCACACUAUCGAGCAGUAUUCAAUCUUUGGGUUCAGACCCUCAAAAAUUAUACCCAUGGACAGUGUUCAUGGACGAGGUUAAAGAACGAUCAGUGCACGGUUUGAUCUACGCCCUUGAGUCCGUGCCAUUUAGCAUGAUGGAUGCAUCAAAACCAUUCGAUCUCGAUGACCUAGUCAACACCGACAUUGCUGUCGACGUCGCCGAUAUAUUUGUUGAGCGAAACAUCGAAACUUUCGAGAGCAGACGCCGACUGGCGGACCUGAUAAUUCACGCCCAUUCGAAAGGAUUUUUUUGAUAAAAAUGUAAAAUAAUUGAAUAUCUAUAAAUUUCUAAAAAAAAUGAAAACAAUAGUAAAAAAAAGAUAGUAUAUUUUUAAUAAACACGGACCUUGCUCAUAUCAAGAAAUGAAAUUCCUCAAAAGCCUACAUGAAACUAACUAGGAAUUUUUUUUAUAUACCUGUACUUAAAUAUCAUUAUUUGGUUAUAUUCAGGACGAAUUUUCCUCAUGUAUCGUUGGAAUGUACUGUUAAAUGUGUGGGAAGAUUCAAGAAAAAUAGUUCGUUUUCCAUUUAAUAAUAAAAUUCUGAGAACCGUA